AUGUAUGAACAUCAAUACGAUGAUACUGGAUUACCAACAUCUUAUCUUUUAUUAACGUUUCUAUCAAUUAUAUUUGUGUAUUUGCUUUAUAAAACAAUAAUUAAAUCACGUAGAUACAGAUGUAGGAUUAAGAAUUGUCACUGUGAACAAGAAAGUACAUUAAAUAUAUAUUCUAUUCUGUUGGUUGGAUGUACAGGAGUGAUUUUUAUAUUAUUAAGAAAUAUUUACACUAUAAAUAUGAAGAGCUUAGUAAGUGGAUACAAUCCUUAUGCUGUUUUGGGUGUUGAAGAUAACACUGAUUUAAGUUUAGUUAAGAAAAGUUAUAAGAAGUUAAAAAGACAAAUAUCAAAACAAAAGAAGAAACUUCAAAAGAAAGGUGAAGAGUCAGCAUUUGAAGAUUUAGAAGAGAAGAUGAUUGAACUUAAUAAAGCAUUUGGAUUUAUUAGUAAACCAGAAACUUACCAUGAAUGGAUUAGUAAACAAUCUCAAAAAGAAACUUUAAUGGCCAUUCCUAAGUACUUGUUAGAAUAUUCAAAACUCUUAUUGUUAUUUUAUUCACUUCUACUGUGUGUUGGUGUUUGGUUAAUAAUUAAGUUUUUUGAAAAAACAAGAUUAGUUAAUCAAUCAAAAGUUUAUUUUAGUACUUUAGAAAGUUUCCUUAAAAGUAUAAAUAAUAUUGAAAGUAAUUUUAUAGGAGUAGUUCAAAUAUUAUCAUUAAUAUCCAGAAGUGAUGAUUUAAUUGAAUAUAAUGUUAACAUUGAUAUUGAUAAAGUUAUUAAUUAUAUAGAAACUACCUAUAAUGAGCCUGUAAUUGAGAAGACAAAGUCUUACUGUGCAAUUAUUGAUUUUCUGACUCGAUCGUCUUUUAAUGAAAAUUUAAAAAGUAAAAAAUUUAUACAAAGUAAAGCUAUUGACAUCUUGAGAGACUAUCAAAAAAUUGCUAUUUUUGAAAGACCUGAGUUAUAUAAUAUGUUAUAUAAUAUUGAAAGAAUGUUUAUUCAAAGAGUCUUUCAUCCUCAUGAUUAUUUUUCUCAAUUUCCUUUUAUAAAAUCAGAUCUAAAUCUUCAUAAUGAUUUAAAUAUCACUAACAAGUAUAAUGAGAUCAUUAGAGAUUCUGAAUUUUCUAAGUUUAUUGAUAAUUCAGAUAAGUUAAAAUCUAUAAUGAAAAUUUAUAAAGAAAUACCUCAAUUAAAAAUAAUAGAUUUAGUGGCUUAUACAGUUGAACCAGAAAAUAAGUGUAUAAAAGACAAGAGUUUUAUGCUUAAUGCUAAUUCUAAUUGUUAUGUAGCAUUUAAUGUUAUAAACACAAAUAAAGUUGAUAUUAGUGAAUAUGUUCAUGCUCCAUAUUUAGAAAUUAAAAACGGAUUUAAAGUUUUUUAUACAAUUAACAAUCAGAUUCAAAAUGAGUCAUUUGAAUUUAAUACUAUUCCUUCUAUUGUUAAAUUCCCUGUUAAUUCUCAUAGAUUAGGCUUAACUAGUAUAAAAGUAUUUGUUUUGUUAAAAGGUUAUAUUGGAUUUGAUAUUUCUAAAUCAAUUCAAGUAAAAUAUUUUUCUAAUAACAUAAAUAAAGCUUAA